GAGGCUUUGUUCUAAAUCUGGGAGUUUAAAAAAAAUUAUCUGGACCCGGGUCCACAAAAUUGAAAUGACAACUGGUUGUCAAUGGGGUCUGGAAUCUCAUUCCUGGGCCAAAAGGGAUGGAUAUCUUCUGCAGGGCUCCUGGGUCCCCUGGGGAUCUCGGGGCCCCUCUCUGGGCGGGUCUAAGGAGGCGGGACUACGAAUCUCCUAUCUCCAGAGCCAGUGGUGGCUCUCUGGCGCCAGGCCCUUCAGCGCGGGCUUUCUGCCAUGGGGUCUCUGCUCCUCCUGUCGCUGCUGCUUUUGCUGGUGACCGUGGAUCCAGGAGAUGGAGGCGUGCUGGGGAGCCAGGCUGAGCGUGUGCAAGGCACCAGCGGCAGCCCUCCCGCCCCCUCGGGGACACCAGCGCCCUUCUGGGUACGCAUUAGUCCGGAGUUGGUGGUGGUACCGCAGGGGGGCUCAGUGCGGCUUAACUGCAGCAAUAGCUGCCCCCUGCCGGAAAGUUCCAGCACCCAGCUGCAGCCGGAAAGUUCCAGUGUCGGCACCCAGCUGCUGCUGGGCAAGACGCUCAGUGGGCCAGGUUGGGUAUCUUACCAGCUGCUGAAUGUGAGGGCUUGGAGCUCCGACGUACACUGCUUCGUCACCUGCGCAGGAAAAACGCGAGAGGCCACCGCCAGGAUCACCGCCUACAGUGAGGGACAGGGGUACAGGUCCAGCUGGGGUGAGGGGAAGAAGGUGAAGGAUGGGGUAGUUGAAAGUCGCGAGAGGGGGCGCCCGCGGACCUUACGGUGGGGCUCCCCUCUUGCUUUAGAGCGGCCUCGCAGCGUUAUCCUGGAACCACCGAUCUUGGUUGGCCAGGAGUACUUUCUGCGCUGCCACGUGACGCACGUGUUCCCAGUGGGCUCCUUGAUGGUGAUCCUGAGGCGCCGCGGCCAGGUCAUCUAUUUCGAAAGCUUGGAGCACUUCCAAGAUUUGAAUCUGGCCAAUGUGACGCUGACCCAUGUUUUGCGCACUGGGCCCAGCAACCUAUGGCAACCGUUGACCUGCCACGCGCGCCUCAGUCUCCACGGUCUGGUGAUACACAGCAGCUCAGCACCUAUUAUGCUAACAGCCUUAGCUUGGAACCCCGCCUCCAAAGCCUUGGCCUCCAUCUCCAUCGCAGCCCUUGUGGGGAUCCUUCUUGCCAUGGGGGCUGCCUACCUGUGCAAGUGCCCAGCUAAGCAGCCCGGGCUUAGAAAGCUAUUCUAUGCCAACCAAGCCAAAGGAAAAAGAAGUCUGGUACAAUUUAGUAAACCCAGCUUGGAUCAAUAAAGCUUCCUUGACCAGUCUCUGUCA